GCUCGCGAGCCAAGAUGGCGGCGCCCACGGGGCCGGGGCCCCGCGGGUAACGGUGCCGUACGGGGGGCCCCUACGGGUGCCGCACGGGGCCACCGGCCAUGGCGCUGCGGCUGCUGCUCGACCUGCUCUCCCUGCUGCUCGACCUCAACUUCUUCCUGGUGUCGUCGCUGGUGUCGGCGCUGCUCUGGCUGCUGGCCGCAGCUUGCAGCCUGCCCGCCGCCCUCUUGUCUGGCUGGGAGGCUCUGCUGCUCUCCCUGUGCUCCUUAGCCCGGGCUGCAUCCUGCGCGGGGCUGAGCGCCCUGCAGGGGCUGCUGCGGGGCUGCAGCUGCAGCUUGGAGGGCUUCAAAGCUUUGGGCAACCUCGUGCUGCACCAGGCGGUGCGGGGCAGGGAGCUGGUGCAGCGAGGGCUGUGCGGGGCGCUGAGCGCGGGGCAGGCGCUGGGCAGGCAGCUGGCAGAGAGCGUGGCCAUCGGCACCAGCCUCCUGGCUUACCUGGUCAACAGCUUCGUCAACGUGUGCCUCAUCGGGACACAGAACCUCUUCACCUUGGCGGUGGCGCUUUGGGAUUCCCUAGCCGGGCUCUGCGGCAGGGUGGUGGACGUGGCGGCUGCUUGCUUGGCGCACGUCUCCAGCGGUGCCAUCGCCCUCUCCAUCCUCCUCUGGUCACCCUGCCAGAUGGUCUUCAAGCUCCUGGCUUCUGCCACCGAGCUCUUCAUCAAAGUCUUCUUCGUCAAUAUCUAUGGCCUGGGCUUGCUGCUCCUCAUCAUUGUUGUCGGCACCUUUGUCCUCAACCCUGGGCUACUGCGGCCGCUGACAACCUACGUGCUGGACUACUUCGACUUGAUGCCUUCCUCACACCGCCGGCGGCGGUUGGAGCUUUAUCUGUUGGCAUUCAUGGUGCUGGCGGUGGCCGUGACCUCCCAGACCUGGCGGAGUGUGGUGAACGGGAGUCGGCUGUUGACCAGCAGGAAUCAGCAGUUGACCGCGUGGAGACGGCAGUUGACCAACUGGAGUCAGCAGGUGACCAGCUGGAGCCGGCAAGUGAUCAGCUGGAGCCGAAGAGGCAGAACGAUGAACCAGGAAAGCAACCAGCGAAGGGCAUCUGUGCUUACCGUGAGACCUCUAGCCUUUGAGCAGCUCCUGGAGGGGCAGAUAGCGCAACCGCGCCCUGCUCUGAGUCGACGUGCCAUGGCCGGACAGCAUCACCACCAUCCCAGGGAGGAGCCAAGCAGCUCGCGGGGCAAAGCUCUGAGGAAGCAGCAGCUGAAUGCAGCAGCUAAGGAUGACGAGGGCGCUCCGGAUAACAACCCUUGGAUGCUCCUGAAAGAACAAGAGGAACGUAAGAAAUGUGUCAUCUGUCAGGACCAAACCAAGACAGUCGUGCUUCUGCCCUGCAGACACCUCUGUCUGUGUGAGGAGUGCACGGAAGUCCUCCUGCAGCAGGCUGUCUACCAGCGCAAUUGCCCGCUGUGCCGCCAGAUGAUCCUCCAGACGCUCAACGUGUACUUGUGAGCCCAGGGAACAGGUGGCUUUUCCAGAGGCACCCCUAGCUGCUUCUUGCUGGGAAGCAGAGCAUCCUAGGGCUGCCUUGAGCAGCUUCCAAAGAGCUAAGGAUGGUGCCAAAAGGGCAAAAGACUAUUGGGGGUAUCUGCUAGCCUCUUUUGCUAUGUAACUAGAUUGUAGCUCUUGCCACCAGGCACAAUAACAGAUUUUUGCAGCAGGCUGAAGAGUUACCGUGUUUUUUUUUUGUUGACAACUUUUUCUGUUUCGGGGCCUGCAGCAGUCUGAGACCCAAGCAGAGUGCAGAAAGAUGCCCUGGGGCCUUCUUAGCCAAAGCUGAUGGAAAGGUUAAAGGCUGUGCCCUCCUGGGAGUCACAGGGGCUGGUGCAGAGCAAGGGAGAGUUUUUUCCCCCCAAGGUGUGAUUAGAAAAAUACCUGGCAGACUGCAUUCAAGCCUGUUUCCUCCUCCCACUAAGUUGGGGAGCUCCCUGGGAAGGGAGAAGUGUGUCCUAGGAGAGAGAGAAGCACACUUGAGAUUUUUAGGCUUUGCUGCUUAAAAAAACAGCCUAGCUCUCAGCUGGAGGAAAGCAGCAUUUCUGGGGUAUUUUCGUAUCCCAGCCACUGUGGCUUUGGCUUUUGAGGUUCCUAUUCCCCUUGCCAGGACAAGGAGGAGCAGUGAUGGACACUGCAGGCAGAGCUCAGUGCUGCUGCCGCUUCCACACGUCAAGUUAUGCACGGGGGGAGGCUGGAGGGAGUUAUCCUUUCUGCAGGAGCGGUGGUGUUGCUUGGGGAAGCUGAGGAGCAGCUGGCCGGCCAGUGCUCGCAGCCCUGGCAGCGGCGGCACACGCCGGAGCAUCCUCUCUGGAGAAUACACGUUGUCUUCAGGCGGUGGAAGUGGGUUGGUCACACCAGAGCUCGCUUGCUGCUUCCCAGGCUGGGCUGGCUUAGAGGGAGUAAGUGGUUAGGAGGAGAAAGAGGACACCCCAAAGCUCCUAGGAGCCCACUGAGAUAUUCCAGCUCCAGGCACAAGUUCUGUGGAUCUGCUGUUGUGUGUGUGUGUGUGGAGCUGUACUGGGACCAGAGCUAUCCUUGGUUAAGGUAGGGUUACGCUGUUGUUUUGUCUUCCUGUCUUGUCAGAAACGUAGCUAGUUUGAUUUGAAAGCAUCCCCAAAGUCUAUUGAGGGCAUCCUGGCUGGGGAGGCCAGAGAUGGCUCAUCCCGGCUUGGACAACCAGCACCAAUUCCAGAAAUCGCUGGGCUGCGAGAGGGCCUUGCACUAAAAAGCUUUUCCUUUUCCAGCUGCUUGCCUGAGGUCAGCCACGCGCCACAGCCAAUUCUGGCUGGAGCCAGACUGGAAAGAGUCUUGACUCCUGGACUGCAAGCCAAGAGCCUGAGGGCAGCUGGCAGGGUCUUCCUUCUCCAUUCUCCUUCUCCAUUAGCAAUUUAAGCCAAAACAGAGGCAGCAGAGAGGCGAGGCCUUGCUGGGAGACGCCUCUGCGCUCUAAACCUGAGCUCUGGUGAGAUGCUGUGGCAUUGGAGAGGGGCUCUGCUCUGGGGGCACCGCAGGGGCUGGUUGCCCUCACGUUUGCUGGGGACAGGAGGGACUUGUUGGGCCAAGCGGGACUCCUGUUGGGUGUUGGAAGGGCCUGGCCCCAGCGCCGUCAGCUCACUUGUUGGCGAUGCAGAGCUCCAACCUCUUGUCCCAGUGCCUCCCCAGAGUCCCACCACCCCUGUUGGUGUUUUUUUCUCUCCAGUAGCCAAGCCCUUGCCAGAGCAGCGAGUGCCACCCCCCAGGCUGGGUUCCCCAGGAUCCAGCUUGUCCAGGGAAUUGCUGGUUCUGCGAGAGGAGACGGGGAGCCCUUCCCUGGCUGUGCCUCCAGAGACACCCGGCAGCGGGAACGCAGCCAAACUGGUUGCAGGUGGUGUUGUUUGGUUGGAACCAGCCCAUAGAUCUUGAGGUGCAAUGUUUCCUACAUGAAUUACGGUGGGGAAGAUGCCUCCCCGGGACUGCAGUUUCCCUCAACCUCUUUUUUUUUUUCCUAUUAUAGCAGUUACAGUUAUUGUUUUAAAGCCCGUUUUAUUUGCCGCUUGUUCAUAAAAAGAGAGAGAAAGCUUUGCCUUAAGUUUAACUCUUUGCACUAUGGACUAGAUACUGAGCAGAUUAAAG